AUGGACCAAGAUCAGUUUGUUUUCGAUGCGUGCAAAGAGCUUUUAGCGGGCCAGACCGAAAGUGGCACAACCAGUUGGAAGCUGCAGGACCUUGCUGUGUGUCGCCGUGCCUGGGGUUCCAUCCAUGGGCUUGGUUCAGAGCGGCUAGAGAAGUUGUUUGACGCUGCCAGAAGCAAGCAACCUAGCCCUCCACUAGAUCUCCGCUACCUGAAGCGACCCACUUCUCAUGUGGGGCAGCGCAAAGCGAAAGCGAGCGCUGAAAUAUUCAGCUACCUCACCACUUUGUACGAGAGCACGGCGGAGACUCUGCCCGACUUGAAAGACAGCACGUUUGACCAUGUGAAUCCUUCUUCUAUUCCUGUCUCCUCCCUAGAUGUGACAGAAGCUCUCGAUGCUUAUUCGGCUGAGCUCAACCGGUUGAUGUCAGCGUCGGAGGUAGAAAACAAAAUGCCUCGGAAGAGAAAGCGUCAAGUAGAGAUAAACCGUGAGCGCUUGGAGGGACCAAAUGCUCUGGAGGUCAAAUGGCUUCCGCCUGGCUCAAUGAAAGAGAUAUACCAACAGUUUCUAGUGGUGUCUGAAAUGGAUCCUCCUCCAAGCUUUCCUACGUUCUGGAGAGUGUGGCUAUCGGAAUUUCCGAUGCUACGCUUCCGGCAGGCAAGCCAACACGCCACCUGCAGUGUAUGCGUCAGACACCGCGUCAUGGUGAAAGCUUUGGGAUCCCACAUGCGAGCCAGGACCGAGCAGAUUAGGUUAUUCCAUGAGCAUCUCCGUGCACAGUAUAUGGACCGAUGCCUGUACUAUCAGCGCAAAAGCUGGAGCAGAAUGAAAGGUUCUGCCGUCUGCGUCAUAGCAGACGGCAUGGACCAGACCAAAUUUUCGCUUCCUCGUUCUGCGGUCCUUCAAGGCAAAGAGUUUUCCACCAUGCAAAAAGUGAAGUUGCACAUCGCUCUGGCUAUCUGCCACGGCAGAUUCAUUCUGUUCAGCAUCAGCAAUGCAGAUUGCAAGAAGGACCCCAACGCAUCCAUCGAGCUUUUAAGCCACUGUCUAACCCUGCUCCAAAGGCAAGGCCAAGAUCUGCCAACCACAGAUCUAUACCUCCAACACGACAACUGCUGUCGUGAAUUUAAGAAUAACAGCGGUCUUCGCUGGGCGGCGUCCCAGGUCAGUGGAGCGAACCUGCGUUCAAUAUGCUGCUCAUAUUUGAGAACGGGACACACCCAUGAAGAUGUGGAUCAGAUAUUCGGCACUUUGUCGAAAUUUAUGCUCAAACAAAGGAAGCUUCAAACCCCAGGAGAUGUUCAAGCGAUGAUCGAAGCGUUCCUCAAAGACGCCAAGCUGCCGUUUGAGUGCGAGCGACAUUGCGUCGUGAUGAAUGACGUGCGGGAUUGGAGCCUUGCUCACACAGAAGUUAACAGUGUUUUGUGGGGGGUGGGAGGGCGCAAGUGUUUGUGUGGCGCAUUCGGGCACCGUUCGUUUCUUGAUGACUGA